AUGACGGACGCUCUCUUCCCCGCGGUAACCAACACCGACGUGACGGAUAUAGUGGUGUGUCCCCCGAGGUCAGGAGUCCCCGAGGUCAGGAGUCCCCGAGGUCAAGAGUCCCCGAGGUCAGGAGUCCUCGAGGUCAGGAGUCCUCGAGGUCAGGAGUCCCCGAGGUCAGGAGUCCCCGAGGUCAGGAGUCCCCGAGGUCAGGAGUCCCCGAGGUCAGGUGACCCAGAGAUCAAGAAUCCCCUAGGUCAGGAAUCCCCGAGGUCAAGAGUCCCCGAGGUCAGAAGUCCCCGAGGUCAGGAGUCCUCGAGGUCAGGAGUCCCCGAGGUCCGGAGUCCCCGAGGUCAGAAGUCCCCGAGGUCAGGAGUCCUCGAGGUCAGGAGUCCCCGAGGUCAGGAGUCCCCCGAGGUCAGGAGUCCCCGAGGUCAGGAGUCCUCGAGGUCAGGAGUCCUCGAAGUCAGGAGUCCCCGAGGUCAGGAGUCCCCCGAGGUCAGGAGUCCCCGAGUAGUUGGCACUCUUGGCACUUCAGUAGUUGGCACUCUUGGGACCUCUGUAGUUGGCACUCUUGGCCCCUCUGUAGUUGGCACUCUUGGCCCCUCAGUAGUUGGCACUCUUGGCCCCUCAGUAGUUGGCACUCUUGGCCCCUCAGUAGUUGGCACUCUUGGCCUCUCAGUAGUUGGCACUCUUGGCCCCUCAGUAGUUGGCACUCUUGGCCCCUCAGUAGUUGGCACUCUUGACCCCUCUGUAGUUGGCACUCCUGGCCCCUCAAUAGUUGGCACUCCUGGCCCCUCUGUAGUUGGCACUCUUGGCCCCCCAGUAGUUGGCACUCUUGGCCCCUCAGUAGUUGGCACUCUUGGCCCCUCAGUAGUUGGCACUCUUGGCCCCUCUGUAGUUGGCACUCUUGGCCCCCCAGUAGUUGGCACUCUUGGCCCCUCUGUAGUUGGCACUCUUGGCCCCCCAGUAGUUGGCACUCUUGGCCCCCCAGUAGUUGACACUCUUGGCCCCUCUGUAGUUGGCACUCUUGGCUCCCCAGUAGUUGGCACUCUUGGCCUCCCAGUAGUUGGCACUCUUGGCCCCCCAGUAGUUGGCACUCUUGGCCCCUCAGUAGUUGGCACUCUUGGCCCCCCAGUAGUUGGCACUCUUGGCCCCUCAGUAGUUGGCACUCUUGGCCCCUCAGUAGUUGGCACUCUUGGCCCCUCAGUAGUUGGCACUCUUGGACUCAAGUAA